AUGUCUCACCUACUCUUUUCUACAGAAAACUAUUUUUAUGAUAAACCGAUUUGAAAUUGUUGUUAUUAAAUUAACUACACAUUUUCAAUAAUAUUGAGUUAUUUACGAAAAAGGUGUUGGUUUCCUUGAUUGCACAAGAUAGAUUUUAGCGAUAUAGAUGGAUAAAUUAGGACUCCCUGGACCGCCAGGACUUGGACUUGCACAGGAUGAAGAGUUGUGCUACUGUGGAAAAGGUCGUAACUUGGGUUCAGUAGAACUUCAGUGUCAGACGUGUUCAAAAUGGUAUCAUGCAGAUUGUACAAGCUGUUACAUUGGAACCAAUAUACCAUUCAUGUGUAACUACAUAUACCAGUGCAAGUCCUGUAAUCCAAAUGGUCUGGAAAGUUUUCAGAAAAAACAAGCAAGCUUCCAACAGAUAUGUUACACAGCAUUGGCGAAUGUAACUUACAUUUCUAAAGUGAGAGAUGAGAACCGAGUGAUGUUUUCUCGAGACAAGGAGAUAAUACCUUUUAUAGAGAAACAUUGGGAGAACAUGACAACAAUGCCCCGGCGUGUCAAGUUGACCUGGCAUAAUACUGUACACAAAACACUGGCUAGGGAAACAGAUAUUUUCUUCGGGAAUGAGACAGCAGCUGGGGAUAUACAGUUUGGACUCCUUAACUCGGAUUUAUAUAAAGUAACUCCAGCAUUUGAGAUUUUAACUAAAGGCAAUACACAAAUACAAGCCAGUCAGAAACCUGGAGUGCCAGUAGAUAAGGGGUUAAGAGGUCAGAAAAGAAAAGCAAAUCAAGAGUUUUUACAGCUUGGAACAAAUACAAAAGCAAAGAAAGGAGAGGUGGUUAAUAUAGCCAGACUAGCUCCACAUGGUUACCCCACAGAGCACCCCUUCAACAAGGACGGGUACCGUUACAUCCUGGCUGAGCCCGAUCCUCACGCACCAAACAGACAGGCCUAUGAUGAAAGUAUAGAGUGGGCCGGUAAACCAAUUCCUGGGUACCUGUAUAGGACAUUUCUAGGGUCAGAGGUUCUUCUAGCUCUUCAUGAUAGAGGACCACAGUUGAAGAUAUCAGAUGACCGGUUGUCUGUGACUGGGGAGAAAGGAUACAGUAUGAUUCGAGCUACACAUGGUGUGAGACGAGGAUCAUAUUAUUUUGAAGUUGUGAUAGAUGAGAUGCCAGAAAAUACAGCAACCAGAAUUGGCUGGGCUCAACAAUUAGCCAAUUUACAAGCGCCCUGCGGUUACGACAAAUUCAGUUAUUCAUGGAGGUCACGGAAGGGUUCCAAGUGUCAUCAGAGCUAUGUCAAACUGUAUGGUGAGGGGUACAAGGAGGGGGAUGUUAUUGGGCUCCAUAUUAAUCUCCCAGAACCUAGUGAUCCCAACUGUCUACUUCCUGUCACUCACAAAGAUAAGCCAUUGGUCAAGUUCAAGAAUCACCUUUAUUAUGAGGAAAAAGACCAUCUAUCUGAAGCUGAAAGGAAUCUGAAGACUUUAUCUGGCAGUAAGAUUGGUUUUUAUCUGAAUGGAAAGUUUCAAGGUGUAGCGUUUGAGGAUAUAUUUGACGGAACAUACUACCCAGCAAUCUCACUGUACAAAAAUGCCAAGGUGACUUUGAACUUUGGUCCAACAUUUAAAUACACUCCGGAUAAAAUACAAGAGUACCAGCCUAUGUCAGAGACGGCUAUGUUAUCAAUGGUUGAGAACACAUUAUCUGACAUGCUGUUCCACGUAGAAAAUGAAGGAAAACUGCCAGACUUCCAAAAUUAACUGACCAGUUGAUAGAGCACAUUUUGAAAAAUAGGAACAUGCAACAGAAAAUUAAUUAUGGUGGUAUAUGUACCAGUAUACAUUUGAAAAUAGAGAAUUCUAGUGUAUAUACAUGUACUAAAGGGAAUUGAAAUAAAUGAUAGCAUAAAUAUAUGGAUUAUAUCGAAUAUUUAUAUCAAUGCUGCAAACUCCUGAUAAACGAGACUGAAAAAUUAAAACAUUAAGUGACAUCAGACAUUCAUAGUGUGGUUGCAAGCUCAUAAUGAAUAAGAGUAAAAACUGAUCAUUUAGAUGACAAAUGUUUAGUGUGUCUUCAAGCUCCUUAAUGAAUGAGAAUGGGAAAAAAAGCAUGGAGAUGCCAUCAGAUGUUGAGUGGAGUUGCAAGCUCUGAUAAAUUUGACUAAAAACUAAAUAUAGAUGCCAGCAGUUAUCUUAAGCACAACAGAAAGCUUCUGAUAAAUGAGACUGAGAAAGAAA